AUGUCGCGAGUGCUUAUGAGCUCAGGUGAUGGAAAACUCGUUUCCAGUCAGUUCCUCUACAGUCAGUUGGCACCCAACAUUUACAUAGAACAUCGCACUGGCUUUCAUACCGAACCAGUCGGCCAAUUCGAGCGGUUUCGCAGUAGCGAGAAAGAGGCUGCCAUUGGCGCAACUGCUGAGUUGAGAAUUUUGGACCAUACCGAUGGUAACUUUGUGAUCAUUUCAAUGUUAUUUUUGUGCAUAAACGUCAGCAGCAGACGCGUUUAG